ACGUAACUGUGCGUCAUCUCCAGGGCAGCGGAAAAUGGCGGAGGCUCUACCUGAGGCCGGGCGGUAUUUCUGUCAUAGCUGUUCAGCCGAGAUUAGUCCUCGUCUGCCGGAGUAUACAUGCCCAAGAUGUGACUCCGGGUUCAUUGAAGAACUUCCUGAAAUAAGGAGCGCUGAGAAUAGUAGCAACACUUCUGGGACAGAUCAGAACAGACAUCCGUUUCCGGGCCUUGAACCAACGCAGUUCUCCUUGCCCCCUGGCUAUGGGCAAGUCACUUUUGGAAUUUUCAAUGAGGGCCUGGAUUUCCCCAUCUUCGGCACAAGCGGACCAGGCGAAGAGAAUCGUGAAGGAGAAAGUAGGAGAGAGCAACAGUCACGGCAUAGAUAUAGUGCAAGGCAACCCCGUGCCAGGCUGAGCACAAGGCGAUCUACAGGGAGGCAUGAGGGUGUGCCUACAUUAGAAGGGAUCAUUCAGCAACUGGUAAAUGGGAUCAUCGCACCUACUGCAAUGCCAAACUUAGGACUGGGACCAUGGGGAGUUCUUCAUUCCAAUCCAAUGGAUUAUGCGUGGGGAGCCAAUGGCCUAGACACAAUAAUCACACAGUUACUUAACCAGUUUGAAAACACCGGACCUCCGCCUGCUGACAAUGAGAAGAUACAAGCCCUUCCUACAGUCCAAAUAACAGAUGAACACGUGGGUUCAGGACUGGAGUGUCCAGUAUGUAAGGAGGAUUACACAGUUGGUGAAAACGUGAGACAACUUCCUUGCAAUCACUUAUUUCACAAUAACUGCAUCAUCCCCUGGUUAGAGCAGGUCAGUAUGAAAUGCAUUUCCUUCUCCUUUCUUAGAGCUUCGUGGUUUCACAGACAUAGCCGUGCAGAUAAACUGGAUGGGACAAAACUGAGAAUAUCUGUAUAUUGCCAGGACUUAUCAGAGGUUUUUAUAACCGCAUCGCAAAAAUUUCUGUAA